AUGAAGGCAAACAUCUUGGCUCUGAUCGGCCUCUGUGCCGUUCCAUCAGCCGGUGAGAUUCUUCAACCCCUCCCGGAAGCCGCGACUAGAAAGGAGCUCCGCUUCCAACCCUACAUCGACUUCGACAAGGACGGAUGCUACAACACAGCGGCUAUCGGUGCGGAUGGUCGCAGAAACCCUGGAAUCAUGAAGAGCUUUUCGUCAAGCCGUCAUUGCCGCAACAAGAAACAGCUCCUCAACAGCAAUGUUUACUCCCGCAAGCGAUGCAACCACGGCUACUGCGCCAUCAUGUACGAGUACUACUUUGAGAAGGAUCAAGCUACUGGUUUGAGCGGACACAGGCAUGACUGGGAAAACAUCGUUGUGUUUACCAAGGGUGACACUCAAGUUGUCCGCGUCGCUGCGACUGAAGAACACAACAAGUACCGGUACAGUAAAGACUGUGUGGAUUGGGAGGAUUGCCUUAUCCCAUUCGAGGGAGAAAGACAUCCUCUACUUGUCUACCACAAAGUCCACGGAGACAUGCACAGCUUUCGCUUCGCCAAGGAGGACGGCGAAGGUGACAUUGAGAAAGCCGAAAAUCACUUUCACCGCUUCUACAAGAGUCCGCUUGUGGGGUGGGAUGACUGGCCCAGUGACGAGCUGCGAGACAAACUGGUCCAUUGGCAUGAUUCUAUCAAGCCCAGUAUUGGAGGAAAGAAAUUCGGCAGGGCCCUUGAGAAGGCUGCUGGUAGCUUCAGGAUGGUUCCAGAAUUCAAUCCUUACCAAGAGGUUGAUGGUGAAGAAGGGGUGUCCGACUAG